AUGGACGAAGGGAAAACGAAUCACGAAGGUCGCUCUCGACUGUACAAGUCAAAUGGUUUUCAUGACGAUUUUCGAAGAAAACGGCGUGAUGACGGAAUUCAAAUACGAAAACAAAAACGGAUGGACAUCUUCGAGAAUCGGAGGAAAAUUUCACAAAAUUUCGCUGAUAAUGACGAGCAAGCCAAUCCAAUGAUCAUUGAAAUUAUGAAUAUGCUAAAAUGCGGGGAUAAACAACGAGAAACCGCUUCAAUCAAGGAAAUGGCGACCAAAAUGGGUAUUAAUGAAAUUUCCUUAAAAGAUUUGUGUGGGAGUGACGUUCUUUCUACAUUGGCUGAAAUGUUUUGUAAUCGGCCAAAGGAUGAUCCAAUGCGAUCAAUCAUUGUAGAUUUUUUCCAAUUUUGUUCCAGAAAUGCAAAUGAUGGGGCACCAUUGGAUCAUCUUGCCAUUGAAUCGCUCUGCAUGAUGCUAUUAAGUGAUAAAUUGAAGAGAUGUUUAAUGUGGACCGUCACUCAUCUAAUUCACAACCUACAUGAAUACAGUCCCCACGUUGAAGAGGUCUCUCCACUAAUUGAAAUUAUCUCGUCUGGUAUGCAAGCCGUCAAUAGAUCUUUGCAAAAUGACGCAGCUCGUGCUUGCGCGCUUCUGAUUGAAUGGCCGGAAAUUUGGGAUGAAAUCCAUACAAGCAAUCUGCUUCCAUUGCUGGUCGGCUCAUUAGCUUCAACGCAAAGGGAUAAUCAAUUCACUAUUCUGCGGGCAAUCGACUUUAUAACGCAAACGACUCCAAAAUUCACGAGGGUAUUGAUUGACGCUGGACUUCUUGAAAAUUUCAUGCAUUUGAUUAACUGUCGCGGAUUAUCCAGAGAUAUUUGCUUCAUUUUGUCUAAUCUUGCCGCUGAAGGGGAGGGAAUUAUCGAUAUGAUGAUUACAACAAACCUCCUCAGAAGUGUAGCUGCCUUCACAUUAUCACACUGUUGCCAAUCUGCCAAAAGAAGUCAUAUCGCGUAUAUUUUGGAAAUUGAUGCCCUGCCGCCAUUCACUGAUAUGCUUACAUGUAUGGAUGCUGAGCUUGUUCUUUAUAUUCUCGAUGCUAUAGAAGCGCUGUUACAGUAUGGUGAACAUAAUUUAGUCCCAGAAUCCACUAAUCCUGUGUCAGUUCAACUUGAAGAGAUUGGAUGUCGCGAAAAGCUUGAAUUUUUGUCGCAAAGCCAAAAUAUGGAGAUUCAUAUUAAAGCUUACGCGAUUUUGGAGAGGAUUUCAAUUUAUGAUGUCAAUGAUAAACCAAUUAGUCUUUGCGAAGCCUUAGUGAAAGACGCGUACUCAGCAUUCACCGGACGCCGACCAUAA